GUCCUGUAGGGAGUCUUGGUCUAAUAAUACCAGCUACCCUUACGCAUACUGCCAGUCAACUGCCACCAGCAAUUCUUCAGUCCUCGUUGGGAGUAUCUCCAGCCCAUCCAAUGACGCUAACGCGUGUUUGCUCAGCUUCUCAGUGACGGUCUUCCUCUUCUAUUCUUACUCUUCUACUUUGUCCCUUUCUCUUUCGCUUCCUCCAUCCUGCAGUCCUGAACGUAGUCACUCCCUUGGUCCCCUUUAUACUUUCACCACAUUUCUGCUUUCAACAUUGCCAUUUUUGAAUUGCACCUGUAUUUUCGUGCAAUACAGGCACUCACGGCCAGCUUCCGAAUCUCCAGUCAAGUGAGCCUCACCUGCGCGUCCUAAACUACCCUUUUCAACCCCGUUUUUAUCGGAGUUCAACUGGCGUAGGCAGAACAAUACAUUUGCUUUUCGAAUCCUUCUGAGAAACGCUCAUCCUUCAAUGCCAGCAAUGGCCGACUCGGCGGGCAAGCUCGUCGACCAAAUCGCCCAGCUCAAUGCUGCCCGCAACCUUGUCCUAGGCGACGCUGCCUUUUACCCUCAGAUCGUGGAAGGUAUACUACCUAUUGUUGGUGCACACGCGCGAUUGGAAUUGCGAAGAUGGGGUGCAGAGUUUCUUGCGGAGACCUUCGCCAGUCCCGCGCUGGCCGCGGCGCAGAAAGAGAAGAUGGCAGACAAGGUAUUGCAAGCAAUACGGGAGAUAUUAGAACUGCCGGAAAAUGAUACAGCGAUUUUAAAGAGUCUGGUUGAGACGGCUGCUAGCUUAUAUCCGCUGGUUUUCAGGCAUAUCAUAAACCACCCGCAGGAUAGUGGCCUCUGGGAGAAGAUGAUCGCUAUUAAGCAGGAUAUUCUACGGAGAUGGGACUCUUUCCAGUGUCCGGUGAAGAUAUGCUGCAUCAAGUUUGGCCAGCGCAUUGUUCAAGUGCAAACCCCAGGUCUGAUAGCAGAUCCGAGACGACCAGAGCAAAAUGAGACUUCCUUGAGCAUUGUUCCCAGAAACCAUUCUAUUCUCUCGCUUCCUAACCUUGAAGCUGAGGCUUCUGGUCUGCUCGAUAGAUUGUUGACUGUCCUACAAGAUACUCCAAGCGAUCCUCUCCUCGUGAACGCGACGUUAAACUGCCUUGCAGUUCUUGUCCGAACCAGAUCAUCUAUUGCUAAUAAGAUCAUCGCCGCCAUUUUAGAGUUCCACCCCAUGAAGCAAAUGGUGUCACCGUUGACUCCAACCCAGCGUGUCUGCAUCAAGUCGAUGGAACGGACAGUAAAGGCAGUUCUGGUGAACAUAAUGAAGAGGGUGCCUGGUCAUCCUUUUACGGGCAAGAUACAGCAUUACAUCGAUCGAUUGCAGCAGGCCCGUCUGGAGGUUUUGGACGACACAUCCCGAAAACGCGGAUUACCAGCAGAGCCUGUGGACGGCCUUGAUAAUGCUAAACGAGCGAGACUUGAUGCCCAGACGCCUCCAUUGCUCAAAAUACCUCCUCUACCAUCGGGACCAAUUAGUUACGCGCAGCUGUAUACUUUGACAGAGGAUGUUGGUCUUUCAUCUUUUGACGUGAAACAACUACCCAGUGACCUAGUUGUGAAGAUUGCGGUUCCUAUUCUUGCGCGCAUUGAUGCUUCUCUUUUCAACCAAGCUAUUGGUGCUAUUCGCAGCCGUUAUCAGACUUUAAGCAAGCAACAAGCCGCCGAAGCGCAACGGCAACAGCAAGAGCAACCCCCAGCAGAGGAGGAAGAUGACGAUUACGAACCAGAAUACCAACCCAUGGAUAUUGCGGACACUGUCUCCGGACAGACGGAUGCUGUGGCUACCGAAGUGGCAGAUACCCAACCAGAACUGGUGUCGCUAGGGCCCUUCGUACUACCGCAGCCUCCACCCUUAUCCGAAGAAGAAGCAACAGAGGUCGGCAAAAGUGCUGUGGCACGAGUCUUCGGCACGUUGGUAUCUACCGAAUCUCCUGCCCAGCUUGCAAAAGCGAGAAGCCAACAACGGCUUGGUUUCUCCAGGCUAGCCGGGAGUUCGGGUGACAAGGACGCAUGGGUUGUAUUACUUACCAGGCUUGCCACGAGGGCAUCUGCCAACCUAGAUGUCGAAGACGGUCAGAUGAAGACCGAUCGAGGCAUCCUGGAAAAACAGAAUAUAUCAGACUCGAUACGCGAUUUACUGUACCGUUACAUCCUCGAAGAUUUCAGGUCACGACUGAACGUCGGAAUAACGUGGCUCAAUGAGGAAUGGUACAAUGGCCGAAUCCAGCUCAAAUUUACAGCUACUCAUCGUUCAGACGAUGACUCUGAAUCAACCGUGCCACUACAUUAUGACCGCUGGGUCCUACGACUCCUGGAUGGAAUCCUUCCAUAUCUAGAUUCACGCGACACCAAAAUACUAAUCCGAUUCCUGAGCGAAAUUCCCGAUUUGACCGUUCCCAUUGCACAAAGAAUAGCCAGCCUUGCAAGGGAUCCUGAGAGAGUGAAUCUUUGCGUUCAAACGUUACUGUAUCUAAUCAUGUUCCGACCACCCGCGAGGGAACUCUGCUUAAAUACAUUGGAAGAUGUUUAUCAGACCUGUAUGUUCCCUCUUUCCAUCCAUUGUUAGCCAUUAUCAUAUCUCAUACAUUUCCUAUCUCCACAGACGAAGAAUCACGUCCAGCAGCCGGGAAGAUUCUAUCUAGGUGGAGACCACGCAAGGAAGAACAGCAGCAGGCGCAAAAACAAACAGCAGGGCCGCCAUCUGUUUCUUUGGAAGUCAGGACCAGCAGCAGCAAUGAAUCCGCAAUGAACGGCUUUCAGGCCAGAGAUUCCUCUCGGGCUGGGGUAGAAGAAGCCCAUACAGGAAAGGAUGAAGCAGCUACUCAACACGGACAGAUAAAAGAACAAGGCCAAGAAACAGAGCAGCUCGAAUCUUCGUCGGCAGUCAGUUGAGAUGGGGAAUCGUCAGUUCAUAUGAGCCGGCUGGUCAUAAAAUAAUAUGUUUGGUGCAUACGGAGGAGAUAAAACGGGAAGCUUUCAUAGAAUAAGGAAAGACAUGUACUUUACCUAGGUCUUAUUCUCUUUCAUACAUUUCAAAUCUGGCUGCUGCCACUGCACUUUUAUUGUAUUGUGUU